UUCAAGUUGAUUUCCACGGCUUCCGCGUAAUUCACAUCUCCGUCUGCAAAGAGGAGCUGUCCGUUACCACUGGUGCUAAACGCCUUGAUUUUAUUGGGACAACAUCCGCGAAACGCAAUUUGGGAUUUUAUUUAUUUUAACACUGUUAUCAUUUACAUAGAAAGCAUUCUGUAACUGUAUUCAAGCAACUGCAAUUCCUUUAUCAAACAAUCAAGUCUUCCCAUUAAGACUGGACUUAUUUUACACCUGGGAUAAAGGCGGUUUCUUUACAAAAGCAAGAGGUCCACAGAAGAAAAACGAUGGCUUUCAUGGUGAAACACAUGGUGGGGGGACAACUGAAAAAUCUGACUGGCGGUUUGGGAGAAGAGAUGAAAACAGGAGAAGGGGAAAAGACGGAAGCCGAGGCGAAAGGAAUGACACAGGAAGAGUUUGAACAAUACCAACAGCAGUUGGUGGAGGAAAAGAUGGAGCGGGAUGCCAACUUUGCCCAGAAGAAAGCAGAGCGUGCCACGGUCAGGAGUCACUUUCGGGACAAAUACAGACUUCCAAAGAACGAGGUUGACGACACUCAGAUCCAGCAGGCGGGAGACGACAUCGAGCUGCCCAUGGAGCUAGCCAAGAUGAUCGCCGAGGACAACCAGGAGGAGGCCAACAAGCAGUCCGUCAUCGGGCAGCUGACCAACAUCCAGAACGUGGACCUGGACCAGCUCAAGGACAAGGCCCAGGCCACGCUGGAGGACCUCAAGCAGUCUGCCGAGAAGUGCUGCGUCAUGUGACCCGGACCCGCCCAGACGCCAGUUUACACCUCGCUCAUCCACACACAUUCAACCCUCUACAGUCACUCACAAUCCCAGUGACCUCCCCCGUAACAGUCACACAAACGUUUGCUUGAAGGCACAUAUCACACAUAGAGGCUACAGACAGAGACGUGUAGUUCACUCCUCGGAGACACAGAGAACACGUUCAAGAGGUUACAAAAGGUUACAUACACUAGAACUCUGGCCAACAUGCAAAACAUACAUUUUGUUUACUGCCUCUUAACUCUUAACUGUCUCUGUCUUGUAGCUCAUUGUGCUAAUGGUCUAUGAUCUCUUCCAUACCCCACCCAUGACUCCACAAUUUCAGUAAUGCUGUUUUGUGCUGGUGGUUUGAUAUUGUUUAGCUGCUAUGAUGUGUCAAGUGCUGUCUUUGGGUGUCAUCCUUUGACUGAGAGUACUGGUUUCAAUAUUUAGGAACGCACUCACACACAAACACGCACUCCCCUAAAUAUAUUGCUAUAUGUCAGCAUUGUUGUAUUACGACAGAAGUCAGUAACGCUGCUAUAUAAAUGUUUUUGGAGGCAACUGAGGACACUGAGUGGACACAGAGUACGGGCCUCAUUAUGUACAAAAAUUGUCAAAUUGCAUAUUCAGUAUUUUGUGCGUUUCUGUGGCAUUAAAAACUGUCAUUUGUGUCACUAAUUUUAAUGCGGGGGGAGGGGGGGGGAUAAAAUCUGUAAGACUAGCUUGAAUUCUGAGAGAUGUGGGGGUACUAGCAGAUGUCCAGUUCUCAAAAUGUCCAUUGUCAAAUACUGGUGAUGGCAAUGCUCACAAAGUUAUUGCAAUGCAAUCUAUUUAUACAGCUUGAUAUUUACUGAAGCAAUCAAGGUUUCGUAAAUAUCCUUGCUCAAGGGUACCACAGCAGCACCCCACCUGGGAUCGUACCCAUAAUUCCUGAGUUAUAAAUCCUUCCCUGUCCAUUAUUCUACAUUAGCAGUUUGCCACCCAUUGCACGAACAGCGUGGUAAUUUCACCCGACUGGGGCUUUGAGAAAGCCCCCACAUUUCUGAAAUGUGCUUAUGCUUCAUUUUGAAUUUAGAAGUUACCAUUCACUAAUGUAGCUGUUAAAAUGAAUUAAUUGAUUUACAAAUACAUUAAUUAAGCAUUAAAUUAACUUCAGUAGUUCAUGUAUUUAACUACUUAUUAAUGUAUUAGGUAUAUGAAUAUUUAUACAUUAGCAAACCAUAGGAUACAUUUCUAAUUAGUUAAUCAUUAACUAAUAAAUUACGUUUUAUUAAUUCCAGUAUUAAUCGGCAUUAACUAAUGUUGUUGCAAACAUUAAUUAAUGAUGUACAAAUACAUAAACACAGCUGUACAGAUUAACUUCUCACUAGCUAGUUAACAACUGCAUUCGUUAAUGCCAAUUCAUGUAACCUUAUUAUCGUGUUACCUUAGGAUUGAAUGACAUUUGCUAAAUAUACAGUAUGUGAAUAUGAAAAGCACUUGCAUUGUUAUUGAGUACUUAUCACCCUUCAAACUGGUGAAGAGGAGAAGGAAGGACAUUGCUUUUGUUGCUCUUCUUGUCGUGUAGCUUGCUAGGUGGAAAGGCUGAGCUAGGCUCAGUAAAUGAUUGACAUCUGCUUCAUAGGCCCAUUAGUUUUAAUGACAAUUCCAGUUAUGCAACUGAAAGGAUUAUUAUUUUCAAAAUUAUUUUGCACUUUUUCUACUCUAAUCUCUUAUUUUGUUAUUGUUUUCAAGGGUCUGAUUUUAAACUUGAUGAUUUUUGAAUGAUUAGAGUACCCCUUGCUAUAUGUGGGACUGUAAAAUCUACAAUAAACAUAUUUUAUAACACAUG